GUCCCGGCAGCAUGAGCGGGCGCUGACAGCUGUUCAAUGUGUUUACAGACCAAAAUGGUGUGCUUUUUUGCCCUUUUCGUCAUCUUUGGGUGUGUGAACAAAGUGUGGUGCCUUCAGAGCUCCUGCGGGGCCGAGCGGGAGCCCGUCGCCCCGGAGGGAGCUGCAGGCUGCGGCUGUGACAGGCUGCAGAGAGUCGCUGCAGCCCAGGAGUCGGUGGAGGAGGGAACAGAGCCCCCAGAUCCAGCAGAUCCAGCUGCCAAAUACUCCAAAGACUCCAAUGGAGCGGUGCAGAGGGGUGAUGCCAACGAACUUCUGAGUCCGAUGGUGUACAUUUCUGGAGGAGAGUUCCUGAUGGGAACAAAUGACCCAGGCAUCCCUGCAGAUGGCGAGGGUCCUCAGAGGCUGGUGCACGUGGACUCUUUCUACAUGGAUGUACAGGAAGUGACCAACCAACAGUUCCAGAGCUUCGUCAGUGCGACUGACUACGUUACAGAGGCAGAGAAAUUUGGAGACUCAUUUGUAUUUGAAGGCCUUUUAAGUGAACAAGUCAAAAAUGAAAUCACUCAAGCAGUGGCUGCUGCCCCCUGGUGGCUGCCAGUCAAAGGGGCCAACUGGAAGCAUCCUGAGGGUCCAGACUCCAACAUCACAGACAGGAUGGAUCACCCUGUCCUCCAUGUCUCCUGGGCGGACGCUGUUGCCUUCUGCUCCUGGGCUGACAAGAGGCUUCCUACAGAGGCAGAAUGGGAAUAUGCCUGCAGGGGUGGCCUCAAAGACAGACUUUACCCCUGGGGAAACAAGUUAAACCCUAAAGGUCAGCACUACGCCAACCUCUGGCAGGGGGACUUUCCCUCCCACAACUCUGCAGAGGAUGGAUUCAUCAAAUCUUCACCGGUGAAGUCCUUUCCUGCCAAUAACUUUGGCCUGUACGACAUGGUGGGAAACGCCUGGGAAUGGACCUCAGACUGGUGGACUGUGCAUCACACCGCAGAGCAGAAACACAACCCAGUAGGAGCGCAGAACCGAGACAGUGAAGCUUUUCUCCGAUCACAUCUGCCUUCCUUAAACACCGUCUCUCCGUCCUUUCAGACUGGUCCUCCUUCAGGCAAAGACAAAGUGAAGAAAGGAGGGUCAUACAUGUGCCACAAGUCUUACUGUUACAGGUACCGAUGUGCAGCUCGAAGUCAAAACACUCCAGACAGCUCGGCCUCCAAUCUCGGUUUUCGCUGCGUUUCUCAGGACCAACGAUGACCCGACCUGCUCAUCUUGAAUACUGACUUUCUUAAUCACACAUUGAUUUCCAAACCUAAAGUCUCAGGCAGAAGUGAGGGCAUGGAAGAAUUUUUGACUUUUUGCAUUUGAGAGGAAAAAGUCCUCUUUUCUUCUUUGAGUAAUUGUGGAAUGUUUAAAAUUCAGGUUUUGAUAUGUUACUGAGACGUUUCUGGUGAAAUGAAGGGAAACAUUCGUAGUCUGUUGUCGAUGACAAUGUUUUUGCACAGGUGGAAGAAGACCUGUCUGACUGCGAGGGGCUGCACAGUGGUGCAGUGGUUACCACUCACCACUGUGAAGAAAAUGUCGGUUUGAAUCUGGACUUGGUUGAAUUUCUGUGUGGGGUUUGGUCGUGUGUGUGUGUAUGGGUUUUCUGUGAGCAAGUGGUUUGCCCUCUGACGGAAUAGCGUGUGUGUCUUCACUGGUCAGUGCGUUUAUGUAAUGACAUCUGUUAAUUUGUCUUAUUUUUCAAAAUAAUAAUUAAAAGAAAUUAUUUUUUGUGAAUAAAUCAUAAAUGAA